AUGGAACACGGGGAUAUCCGGGUCGACAUCGAACUUCUCACAGCAACAAUUUUUCACUUCGGAUGUGUAUUGGUCAGCAGAGCCUUUCGAGAGGCGCUUGGCGUUGGCUUUACACGCACGCGUUGCGUAGGAUAUCAUGUAGGUGAAAAACGAGCCUACCAAAGAGCCCCACCAUUUGAAGAUGGCUUUUUGGUCUUCCUGCGGGGGAAUGCCUUCGUAUGGGAUGUCUUUGGCUUCCACAGGGUUGAUACCAAUCUGCUUGCAAUAAUCUUUCAAGAAGAAAUUGAAAUGGGCGAGGCCUAG